CUAAUUAACAACGAAAGCCAAACAGGACAAGAUACCGGCUCCUCCACCUUCAAAAACACCGAGUCACUGACCCAUUCGAUAAGACCCGCUGAAAUUUGCCCAGAAUUUGCAAAAGAUGGCUACUUUUUCUUCCUCACCUUUGCUAUUUGCAAACCCAGAUUCUGGUUUCUCUCUUUUAGAACGAACUUGUAAAAUCAAGAUGCUUAGAAGAACAACAGCUACUCCUCCAUCCAUUACUGCUGCUUCUUUGAAUGAUAAUGAUGAUCAAAAUUCUUCAUCAAAGUUGGUCACUUUUAUAGGCAAAGGUGGCUCUGGAAAGACUACCUCUGCAAUUUUCGCUGCCCAGCAUUAUGCAAUGUCUGGGCUUCGGACAUGCUUGGUGAUACAGACCCAAGAUCCCUCUGCUGAAUAUCUACUGAACUAUAAGAUUGGAACUUCUCCUACCGAGUGCAGUGACAACCUUUGGGCUGUUAGGCUGGAAACCAGUAAAAUGCUUCUUGAGCCUCUUGAUCGGCUGAAGCAAGCCGAUUCUCGUCUUAAGAUGACUCAAGGAGUUCUCGAAGGGGUGGUUGGAGAAGAGCUUGGUGUGCUUCCUGCAAUGGAUUCUAUUUUUGCAGUAUAUGCUCUUGCAGGGCUUGUAGGAUCAUUAAAUGUUAACCAGACCAACAGAGAUAAAUUUGACAUAAUAGUAUAUGAUGGAGUCAGCACUGAUGAAACUCUUCGAGUGAUAGGAGCAGCUAGUAAAGCAAGAUUGUAUUUGAAAUAUCUGAGGAAUUUGGCCGAGAAGACUGAUCUUGGGAGAUUGGCUGGUCCUUCACUCGUGAGCCUUGUUGAUGAAGCAUUGAGUUUAAGUGGUAGCAAAUAUAAUUUGAACAGGAAAACGAGUGCUGAAAUAUGGGACAGUUUGGAAACAAUGUUAAUGCAAGGAUCUUCUGCUUUUUAUGAACCAUCUAGAUUUGGAUGCUAUCUUGUGAUGGACCCUAACAUUCCAACAUCAGUGAAUGCUGCUUUGCGUUAUUGGGGCUGUACCCUCCAAGCUGGUGCGCAAGUUUCUGGUGCAAUUGGAAUUUCUUCACCACGUUUCAAUGAAGAAUCAUUGGAAGGAGUCAAGAAAAACUUUUUGCCCUUGCCUUUUGCUUUCAUUCCACAUCUCUCAAUAGGUUACCCUCCUGAAUGGAAUUCAGUCAUGCUAAACACUGUUGGUCAUGAUGCAAGAACUUUAUUUUCCUUGCCAGCAAGUCACAGCAAUAGCAUGGCACCACCAGUAAAGUUUGACGCAGCUGAAAAAUCAGUUACGCUUUUCAUGCCAGGUUUUGACAAGUCAGAGAUCAAGCUAUACCAAUAUAGAGGAGGAUCUGAAUUGUUGGUUGAAGCAGGGGACCAGAGACGUGUAAUCUGUCUCCCAACAAAAAUUCAAGGUAAGGUGGGAGGUGCAAAGUUCUUUGACAGAAGUCUUGUAAUCACAAUGCGAUAGUGUGACUGCAAAAGACUACUUGUCAUGUAUUCUUGCUUUUGUUCUUGACUGUCCAAGAUUGAUGUGUGGAGCAUCGAUAACAGAUUUUAUCUGAUGGUGGCUAUUGGUUUCGGGGUCAUUUACCCUUUGGAAUAAAUCUGAUUAUUGCUCUUUACCUACAA